GAUGCAGCAUUCCCCGAAGAAUGCUAGCAGCCAGCCAUCGGACAGGGAGAGAGCGAGAGAGCGUAGCAAGACUCCCGCAGCAGAGACUCCCGCCGACACCGAGCUUUCCCAGCACCGCCCAGCAGCUCACACGUGAGCGCCGGAGUCAUCUGACAAGGAGGAAGGCCGAGGGGAAGACUGGGCGCUUCGGUGCUCUCUCGCUCUCCCCGGGACGGCCAUGCUCUCCCGCUUGCUACGGGAGCACCAGGCCAAGCAGAGCGAGCGGAAGGAGCUGCAAGAACGGCGGCGGCGAGAAGCUAUUGCUGCAGCAACUUGUUUAACAGAAGCCCUUGUUGAUCAUCUAAAUGUGGGGGUGGCCCAGGCUUAUGUGAACCAAAGGAAGCUGGACCACGAGGUGAAGACACUGCAGAUCCAAGCUGCUCAGUUUGCCAAGCAAACGGGCCAGUGGAUCAGCAUGGUAGAAAACUUCAAUCAAGCUCUGAAGGAAAUUGGUGAUGUGGAGAACUGGGCACGGAGUAUCGAGAUGGACAUGCGGACCAUUGCCACCGCUCUGGAAUAUGUUUACAAAGGACAGCUGCAGCCUUCCACUUCCUGAUCCAGAUGCCAGAUUCUCUUGGUCACCAGAAUUGCAUCUCUCAUGCUAUGUUGCCAACUGAAGGCAUGUCAUGGCAGAGUCCUUGCCUGAAACCUCUUCCUCUAGUUCAGUGACUGUUCUUCUGCAGCAUUGAGUAAGCUUUUUCCCCCCACCCCACUUCCUGGCCCAUUUAGAUGGCAUAAGAGGUACCAUUGGGCCUUUCGCUUUGUCUGAGUAUCCAUGGGCAGCCUCUAGCUGGGAGGAAUCAUGAAACAGACUGGCAUGGAAGUGCACAUACCCACAAGGAAAGGAAAAGAAGCUAUGCUUUUUCCAUGCAAGCUGGAUAAGUCUGUGCUAUGAAGUUAGAAAGAAUGAAAUAAAAGCAGGUGGCUUAAUUAC